UUUGUCGUUUAUGUGUGUAAGGAUCUGUUCCACUGGCUCAACCCACAGAACUGUGGUACUCCCACAAAUUUCAUGAAAAGAGCCGUGUAAAGCCAUCCUUUAUCUUCAAUCCUCUCUGUAAUAAUCAUCAUCUUCGUUUCUUUGUCAUUUUGCUUUCACCACUCGCAACUUAUCAUCAAUGGAGACUGAAAUUCCUAAGCUUCAUAUGUUCUUUUUCCCAUUCAUGGCUAAAGGCCAUAUUAUUCCAAUUGUGGACAUUGCCAAGCUGUUUGUAGCAAGAGGGGUCAAAAUCACAGCCAUCACCACGCAGGCCGAUGCACCCUUCUUCUCAAAAGCAAACCAAAGAAUCAACAAUUCGGCUACCCAAAUCGACAUCAAGAUCAUCAAAUUUCCUUCUAAGGAGGUCGGAUUGCCAGAGGGUUGUGAAAAUGUUGAUGCUAUCACUAAUUAUGCUCGAUUUAACUUUGAUUUAGUCAUCAAAUUUUUCCAGGCUGCUGCCCUGCUCCAGGAACCCCUGGAGGAUUUACUGGAAAAAUAUAAACCGGAUUGCCUUGUGGCCGAUAUGUUCUUCCCUUGGGCUACCGACGCCGCUGCCAAAUUUGGGAUUCCCCGGUUAGUAUUUCAUGGAACUGGUUUCUUUUCUUUGUGUACAAUGUCAUCCAUGCGGCUAUAUGAGCCACAUAAGAAAGUUUCAUCCGAUUCUGAAGAAUUUGUUGUGCCUAAUCUUCCUGACGAAAUCAAGUUGUCAAGAAAACAAAUUCCAGAGUCUAUGAGAGAUGGUGAAUCUUUUGUGGGCAAGUUGUUCAAAGCGAUGGGAGCAUCAGAGUUAAAGAGCUAUGGUGUUGUUGUCAACAGCUUUUACGAGCUUGAGCCGGCUUAUGCUGAACAUUUCAGGAAAGUUUUGGGAAGAAGGGCGUGGCAUAUAGGCCCAGUUUCGCUUUGUAAUCGGAGUUUAGAAGAUUUAUCUUCAAGGGGAAAGCAAGCCUCCCUUGAUGAACAGGAGUGUUUGAAAUGGCUGAACUCAAAGGAACCAAAUUCUGUCGUGUAUGUGUGUUUUGGAAGUGUCGCAAACUUUUCUUCUGCUCAAUUAAUGGAGAUUGCACUGGGGCUUGAAGCUUCAGGUCAAAGCUUCAUUUGGGUUGUGAGGAAAGACAAGAAAGGUGAAGAAGAAGAAGAAGAUUGGUUGCCUGUAGGAUUUGAGAAGAAAAUGGAAGGCAGAGGGCUUAUAAUAAGAGGAUGGGCACCUCAACUGUUGAUUCUUGAUCAUGAAGCAGUUGGAGGAUUUGUGACCCAUUGUGGGUGGAAUUCAACUCUCGAAGGAGUGAGCGCCGGAGUUCCGAUGGUGGCAUGGCCGGUAUCGGCGGACCAGUUUUACAAUGAGAAGUUAAUAACUCAGGUUCUUAAGAUUGGUGUUAGCGUUGGUAUUCAGCAGUCAACUAUGCUAUUUGGCGAUUACAUUAAGAAGGAAGCGGUGGAAAAGGCAGUGAGAGCCUUAUUCACAAGUGAUGAAGCAAAGGAGAUGAGAAGCAGAGCCAAGGCACUUGGGGAGAUGGCAAAGAAAGCUGUUGAAGAAGGAGGUUCAUCUUACUCUGAUUUGAGCGCUUUAAUUAAAGAAUUGAUGAGUUUACGCCACCAUUAAAGCUAGCACGUUGGUUUUUGUUUCUUGUUUGUAUUUUCUAAUGUUGAAGUUCAAAAACCUGUGGGUUAUUGCUCUCAUUUAUAAUUAAUAAUACUAUUCUCCUAUGUAUGAAUUUAAAGUUUUAAA